CAAUGACCUCGCUAAUUUCAUCUGCUGCAGUGAUGGGAUCCAUAGGUGCCAACUACAGCUAAGCAGUGGAAGGAAACUGAAGGUCUUCAUUUUCUUGAUAACUCUUAAUCAAAGCAAACACAUCUUGUUUGCCCCUCUGCAAGAAGAUGGAACGUUUAUGUUUGAUAUCCAUUGUAAUUUUUACUUGGAUCGUAUUCCAUGUGCUCCAGCUACAUUUGCAGACGCUGGCGUUUCUGAACUUGAAACACUUAAGUAUUCAACUCCAAACAUUUUGGAUUUGAUUCUCUUAUCUUGCAGGUUUAUCUGACAGCCCUUAUCUUCUUUGGUGUUUUUGCCUCAUCAACCAAGGAGAUACUUUUCCAGUGUUAUAAACAUUUGGAAGAUUAACUGAAAAAGUGAAACUAAUUAAUGAAAGGUAAUGCAGGAAGUUUGAGACAGGGCAAGGAACAAUCUGCUGAGGAUAAUACAGCAUUUGAAUAUCCUCCUAAUCUUUAACAUUUGGUCUAUAAGCACUGUUAAGUGAGGUGCAUAAUGCUCUACAAGCCAGCACUUUUCAAGAUCGUUUAAUGAAUUCAUAUCACUUGUGGUUGACAUUGAAACUCAUAAUCAGUCAGGUUCCACCCAAAUGUCAACAAGCAACCAUGAAUCACCGUUGCUAACCAAGCAGUUACCAGUCACAACAUUAUCAAAGCAUCUGUGCUGAAAUAGAGAACAACAAACUGUAGUGAAACUACCUACCAAAAAAUGCUAGAAAAUGUCUGUAUAAUGCUGUUUUUAAGUGUUCUCCGUAGUUAGCUGAUAAUGCAUUUUGAAUUUAGCUUUUAAAAAGAGCAUUCUUGCUCUCCUGUAAUUCACUUAUUUUUCCCGAUCUCUCUGCCCCCAUUACUGUCUCUUCUCAGAUUAUUAUCCAGCUUUACGAAGAAGACUAAAGCAGGUGGUGAUUCCCAUCUGCGUUGGACAAUGCCUGGUAAAUGUUAGUCCUUCUGCAGCAAGGCAGGGGAUAAGCACUACGGUAUUAUCCUUACCUGUGCUGCAGUACUGCCCACUGGCAACAGUGCUACAGGGUAGACACAAAGAGAUGGUGCCUAUCCAAGGGAACACACAGUCUGCUCCUUGGUCCUCCCUGUCUGUUUAGUGCUAGUGAAGUGGACUCAGCAGGAGAUCCAAGCAGUCACUGCAAUAGAUGUGCAGCAAGCUCCAUAUCAAGUUUUGAUUCCUUUCCUUUUUGUCAUUUCUUCUAGCAGCGUUGGGAGCAUGUGGGUCUGUGGGGAAAGAAAUGCAAUUGACUGGAAAAAGCUCAGAUUUUGCAGGUGUUUCUUACAAUUACUCGGGGCUCAUUAGAUACCUCAGCACCCAUAAAAGUUGUGAAACACGUUCAAUGCAAAGAACUGCAAGAAUGGAAAAAGCAAUCAACUGGGUAAAGACCUACUCCUUCUGCUUUGCAUUCAAUGCUUUUACUUUUCCUCAAACACAGAGCUUAUAGUCCGGACACUGGUGGACUCUACCUGCAGAUCAGAAUGCCUGCUCCAGAGACAACUGAAAUAGAUGUAGAUGGAGGAAUUGAUCGAGACAUCUUUGACAUCAAUGAAGCUUUGGGGCUAGACCUUUUUGAGGGAGACAUCAAACUUGAUGGGAUGCAGGAACGAAACUCCAUCAUUGGUGACAACUAUCGGUGGCCACACGUUAUCCCCUAUGUCCUUGAGGAUAGCCUAGAAAUGAAUGCUAAGGGACUCAUCCAUAAGGCAUUUGAACAGUAUCGACUAAAAACCUGUAUUGACUUCAAACCUUGGGAAGGGGAGAAGAAUUACAUAUCUGUCUUCAAAGGAAGUGGCUGCUGGUCCUUAGUGGGAAACCGACAAGUAGGGUUGCAGCAGAUCUCCAUCGGAGCCAACUGUGACAGGAUUGGGACAAUCCAGCAUGAAUUCCUGCAUGCCCUGGGAUUCUGGCAUGAGCAGUCACGGUCCGACCGGGAUGACUAUGUGUCCAUUGUCUGGGACAGGAUUCAGCCUGGUAAAGGUUAUAAUUUUAAUAAAUAUGAUGAUAAAACAUCAGACUCCUUGAAUGUUCCAUAUGACUAUACUUCUGUGAUGCACUAUAGCCAAAAUGCAUUCAGAAAUGGAACUGAACCCACCAUCAUCACUAACAUACCAGACUUCAUGGAUGUAAUAGGACAGCGAAUGGAUUUCAGUGAUUACGAUCUCCAGAAACUGAACCGGCUCUACAAUUGCUCCUCCUCCCUAAGUUUCAUGGACACGUGCAGUUUUGAACUUGAAAACAUAUGUGGCAUGAUUCAAAGUUCAGGUGAUAACAGUGAUUGGCAGCGCUUGUCUCACGUUCCUGCUGGGCCAAAUACUGAUUACACUAUUAUGGGAGAAUGUGAAGAUUCUGGCUACUUCAUGCAUUUUAGCACUAGCGCUGGAGUAGAGGGAAGCACAGCUAUUCUGGAGAGCCGAAUUCUGUAUCCCAAAAGGGGCUUUCAGUGCUUACAAUUCUAUUUCUAUAACAGCGGUCAUGAAACUGACCGACUGUACGUCGGGGUCAAGGAGUAUACUUCAGAACAUCCAAAUGGUAAUUUGAGACUCAUCGAAGAGGUAAAAGGUUCACCUGCGACUUACUGGCAGCUCCAUCAUGUUUCUUUGAAUGUCACAAGUAAAUUCCGGGUUGUGUUUCAAGGUGUGAAAGGAAGUGGCUUAUCGAACGGAGGCCUCUCUAUUGAUGACAUCAAUUUGUCAGAAACUCAGUGUCCCCACCAUGUCUGGCAUAUCAGAAAUUUCACACAUCUCCUCAACACAAGCCCAGCAGGGACAGCAGGAAGAAUAUACAGUCCACCUUUUUACUCUAGUAAAGGAUAUGCUUUUCAGAUUGGCUUGUUUAUAAACGGUACCGAUGAUAACCCAUUUAAUUUAGGAAUUUACUUGUACUUGAUUUCUGGAGCAAAUGAUGAUCAGUUGCAAUGGCCUUGUCCGUGGCAACAAUGUACCAUGGUUCUGCUUGACCAGCAUCCUGAUAUUCGUCAACGGAUGUCAAACCAAAGAAGUAUAACAACUGACCCUCUGAAAUUAUCAGAUUCUUCUUCAACUUAUUUUUGGGAUAGGCCAGAUAAGGUGGGAUCCAUAGCAUCUUUUCCCAAUGGAACUACAUUUAUGAGAGGUCUAGGAAGUGGAACCAGUGCAUUCUUAACUCAUCAGAGACUUAGAAGCCGCAACUUUAUUAAAGAAGACAGUGUUUAUAUUCUUUUAACAAUGGAAGAUAUAUCACAUCUACUAUCAACUCAACCAAGUGUUUCACCCACCUUCAUGGUGAACACGUCUAGUGCAAACACUAUCAAACCUCCCUCUAAUGCUACAGCCUCCACCACGCCCACCUCCACCACCAAGCCUACCACAAGGCCUACUGCCACCACAACACCCAUCACAACCUCUGUCCCCUUGACCGAAAAGCCAGAGGUUCCUGAUUCCUGCCCAGACAACCCUUGUGAAAAUGAUGGCAUCUGCAUUAUUGUAGACAGAGCACCGGUAUGCAGAUGUCCAGCAGGUGACGACUGGUGGUACAUGGGAGAAAAGUGUGAAAAGAAAGGCUCAAAUCACGACAAUAUUGUAAUAGCUGUUUCUUCAACCAUGGCUGUAUUUGUUGUAAUGCUUAUUGUCACUAUCACAACUGCAGUGUGCCUUAAAAAGAAAUACAGCCAAGGAAAGGAAAAUGGUCAGAGCCUGCCUCUAGAAAAUAAAACAUCCUUCUGAAGAUAAUGCAAGCAAGCAUCAAAGACACAAGAUGAACAUCACUGGAAAACCACAACUACGUCUUCAUUCUUUCUGUUACUUUUAUCUCAACCAUCAUGAUGGAGGUUUGUAAAGUCUGGAAAAUAGUUCAUCACGUGGAUAAAAUACUGUGCUAACAUCAGUAAAGUGUGUGACAGUGUUGUGUACUACCAUGCAAUAGAGAAAGAUGGAAAGAUGUAUUGUGACAUGCUUGCCUUGUCUUUUAAAUAUAC